CACCUUUUAUGAAUGCUGCAAAUCACAAUCAUUUUCCCUUGCAAAAUAAUCAGAUGCAUCUGCCUCAAAUGGGUAUGCCUGGUCAUCAACAGGGUCAACCACUUGUGGGGGGUUUAGGUCCCCAAAAUAGCGGUGGCAAUCCCAAUUACAGCAAUUCAAUGUAUCCUGUUCAGGGACAAGUCAUGCAGAAUGCAGCUCAACUCAAUNUGUCUCAANUACAGAGACAAAUGUUGGCACAGAGUAUUUUGAAUAUGCUUCAGCCGUCUCAUGAAUAUUAGUAUGCCAAACGGCCAAUUUUGUGCCCCUUAUCCUGUUCAGAAUAUGAAUCAACAGUUACCUACACAAAUGCCAAGCCCAUCUCAAGGGGUUCCUCAUGGCAUGCAUCCUGGUNCCUGNCCCAUGUUUGGGUUUCCAAACCAACGGCCUCANGCUAUGGUCCCUCAGAAUUCUUUAUUUUCAGCAAGUCCACAGUUAGGCUUUGAGCCUGGAGGGCAGGUUCGGCUGCAGAUUGAUCCGAACGAGAAAAACCUUGCACCACCAAACGUGACUGCAAAUGCUUUGGUAUCACAGUUGCCUUUCUCAUCUCAGCAGUUACAAGGGAAUACUUGUGGGUCACUUAAUUCUAAUUUGGCUCAUACAAGUAACUCUCAACCUCCUGCAUUUUUGAAGUCACAGUCGCAGGAGAAUCCUUAUAGCAAUAUUAAAACUAAUGUUCCAAAUACCAACUGGAAUGGAUCACCCAGCAAAAACUUCAAAAAUAGACCAAAACGAGGAGGGUUUAAAGGAGGAUUCCAGAAGUCUAAAUUUCAUGCUGUCAACAAUGGAAAGAGGAGAACUGGGUUUCCUAAAGAUCAUAAUGGAAGAGCAGGCCCUUACAGUGGGAGGACAGGACAGGAUAGGUUAAGAUCAAAGGAACUUAAGCAGCAACCAGAAAGAUCUUUCUCUGUGACUUACACUGAGCAAGAAAUCCAACAAUGGCGUGAAGCACGGAAAAAGAAUCAUCCUUGUAACAACUUGCAGAAGAGGCACAGUGAAUGCCCGAUGGACUCCAAGGUUAUUAACAGGGAGGUCUUACAAAGAGAGCUUAAGGAGGUUUUAGCAAAGCAAGCUGAAUUGGGAAUCGAAGUUGCUGAAAUACCAUCACACUACCUUAAGAAUUCUGAAAAUCGAGGUCUUCAAAAUGAAGGGAAAAACAAAUUUAGUGACAAAAGAAAGUUCCAAAACAAGUUCAACAAGAAAUUAGACAGAAAAGGUCGGUUCGGCAAGAGGCAAAAGUUUGCUGACAACUUUUCAGAAAGCCCUUUGUUAAAGAAGAGGAAGCCAACUUUAUUGCAGAAACUCUUGAGUGCAGAUAUAAGUAAAGAUAAGAGCCACCUGUUUCAGGUUUUCAGGUUCAUGGUAAUAAAUUCUUUCUUCAAACAUUGUCCUGACAAGCCCCUUAGAUAUCCAUCAGUCAUGGUUAAAGAGAACGGGUCUGAAGUUGACACUGAAAAAGAUGUUUCUAAACGUGGGAACGAGGGAGCUGUUAAAAAAAUUGUUAGCCUAAAUAAUGAUGACGAUCAUAAUAGUGAAGACGAAGACAGUGAUGUUGAUGAGAAUGACUCUAUUGUGCAUAAUCAUCCACACGAAGAACUUUUUUCCUUGGUGAAAGAAGAGGGAUUUGAGAAAUCUGAUGAAGAGGAGGGAGAAAUUUUAGAAUGAAAUUCCUAGGUUGGUGCUCCACUUUUUUGCAGCAAAGUUUUGAAUACUGUAGUGGUAACAAUUUUUGUUUAGUCAUUUGUUUCCCUUGUGGUUUUACCAUCAUGCAUAAUGUUACAGUCAAUGUAUUUUUGCAGCAAAAGGUUUCUGAAUACUGUAUUACACAAUAUAUUUGCGCACAUGCCGAUCUGCUGUUUUUAGCAAAGGAUUCAGAGAUUAGGGAAAGUAUAAUUAGAUAUUUUUAAUAUACUUUUACUUUUGAUUUCUUAUUUACUAUCCGAAUGACAACCUUUUCCCAUUA